AUGGGCAAGGAGAACUGCACCGCUGUGGCAGAGUUCAUUCUCCUGGGAUUAGCAGAUGCCCCUGAGUUUAGGGUCUUCCUCUUCCUGGUGUUUCUUCUCAUCUAUGGAGUCACGGUUUUGGGCAACCUGGGCAUGAUUGCACUGAUUCAGGUCAGCUCUCGACUUCACUCCCCCAUGUGCUUUUUCCUCAGCCACUUGUCCUUUGUGGAUUUUUGUUACUCCACAAUCAUUGUGCCAAGGAUGCUAGCUAACACCUUAAAUGAAGUCAAAGCCAUUUCUUUCCUGGGCUGCGCUGUGCAAUUCUAUUUGUUUUGCACGUGUCUGGUAACUGAAGUCAUCCUGCUGGCUGUGAUGGCCUAUGACCGUUUCGUGGCCAUCUGUAACCCGCUGCUGUACAUGGUCUCCAUGUCCCGGAAUCUCUGUGUGGAGCUGGUGUCUGGCUGCUACCUCUGUGGGACUGUGUGUUCUCUGAUCCACUUGUGUUUGGCUCUUGAGAUCCCAUCCUACAGGUCAAAUGCGAUUAACCACAUCUUUUGUGAUCUACCCCCUCUCCUAUCUCUUGCUUGUUCUGAUGUCACUGUGAAUGAAGUGUUGCUCUACAUUGUGGCCACUUUCAAUGAGAUCAUCACCAUCAUGAUCAUCCUCACCCCCUAUUUGUUUAUUCUCAUCAUCGUCCUGAAGAUGUGCUCUGCAGAGGGAAGAUGCAAAGCCUUUUCCACCCGCGCUUGCCAUAUCACAGCCAUCCUUGUCUUCCAUGGAACAAUCCUUUUCAUUUACUGCCGGCCCAGUUCUGGCAACAGUAUAGAUACUGACAAUGUGGCCACGGUGUUCUACACGGUAGUGAUUCCCAUGCUGAAUCCUCUGAUCUACAGCUUGAGAAACAAGGAUGUGAAAGAAGCUCUCAGUAAAGCAGUGGGCUCCAAAAUAUUUUCCUAG